AUGAGUGCGUUACUAUCGGAAUCAGACCUCAACGACUUCAUCAGUCCCGCGCUGGCGUGCGUCAAGCCCACCCAAGUAAGCGGGGGCAAGAGCACCAACACGAACGGCGAGUACGAAGUGACCACGGAGCCGGACCAGCCGGAGAAGGUCUCCAUCACGCUGUCAGACUGCCUCGCCUGCUCCGGCUGCAUAACCUCCAGCGAGGAGAUCCUACUGCGCAGCCAAAGCCAUUCUGUUUUCCUAGAGAACUGGGGGAAGCUUUCACAGCACCCGGACAAGUUCCUCGUGGUGAGCGUUUCGCCGCAGUGCAGACUGUCCCUGGCACAGUACUACGACAUGACGCUGGAGGCGGCCGAUCUGUGCUUGAUGAAUUUUUUCGAAACGCAGUUCCGCUGCAAAUACAUGGUCGGCACCGAGAUGGGCAGGAUCGUGUCCAUCAACAAGACCGUGGAGAAGAUCAUCGCCCACAAGGACCACGAGCGCCAGCAGGGCACCGCGGCGGACAGCAAGCCAUUGCUGUCCGCGGUGUGUCCUGGCUUUCUCAUCUACACGGAGAAGACCAAGCCGCAGUUGGCCCCCAUGCUACUGAACGUCAAGUCGCCACAGCAGAUAACAGGCUCCUUGAUCAAGAACACGUUCCACGACCUCGGCGUGGCCCGGGACUCGUUCUACCACCUGGCACUGAUGCCUUGUUUCGACAAGAAGCUGGAAGCCUCCCGUCCAGAGUCCCUGGACGACGCCAUCGAUUGUGUGAUCACACCCCGCGAGGUGGUCACGAUGCUGCAAGAACUGGGGUUGGACUACAAAACGUUUGCCACCGAGAACAAGACCCUGUACGGGCGGCUAUCGCCGCCCGGGUGGGACCCGCACGUGCACUGGGCGUCGAACCUGGGCGGCUCCUGCGGCGGCUACGCAUACCAGUACGUGGCCGCCAUGCAGCGGCUGCACCCGGGUAGCCAGGUGGCCGUCCUGGAGGGUAAGAACAGCGACAUCGUCGAGUACCGCCUGCAGAUGCACGGCUCGGACACCCCGAUAGCCGCCGCGAGCGAGCUGUCUGGUUUCAGAAACAUCCAGAACCUGGUGCGCAAGCUGACCGUGCCCGUGGGCGGCGCCGGGCCCGAGCGCACCAG